AGUCACUCCGACAGCGUAUAUAAAUUGCGGCGUGAAAUCAAAAGCGGACACUCUUCAGCCAGACGCAGGCUUGAGCGGCAGCGAACCAACUACACGCAGUCAGGAUGUCCAUCACCAAGAUUCACGCUCGUGAGAUCCUCGACUCCAGAGGAAACCCCACUGUUGAGGUUGACCUCUACACAGCCAAAGGCCGUUUCAGGGCUGCUGUUCCCAGCGGAGCAUCCACUGGUGUCCAUGAGGCUCUUGAGCUGAGAGAUGGAGACAAGAGCCGUUAUUUGGGCAAAGGUACCCAGAAGGCUGUAGAGCAUGUCAACAAAGACAUCGCUCCCAAACUGAUCGAGAAGAAGCUGAGUGUGGUCGAACAGGAGAAGAUUGAUAAAUUCAUGUUGGAGCUUGAUGGAACUGAGAACAAAUCCAAGUUUGGAGCUAAUGCUAUCCUAGGUGUGUCCCUGGCCGUGUGUAAGGCUGGUGCCGCUGAGAAGGGCGUGCCUCUCUACCGCCAUAUUGCUGACCUUGCCGGCAACAAGGACGUCAUCCUGCCAGUGCCUGCAUUUAAUGUGAUUAACGGUGGCUCUCAUGCUGGUAAUAAACUGGCUAUGCAGGAGUUUAUGAUCCUCCCUGUAGGAGCAGCCAACUUCCAUGAGGCUAUGCGCAUUGGUGCUGAGGUCUACCACAACCUGAAGAGUGUUAUCAAGGCUAAAUAUGGCAAGGACGCCACCAACGUUGGUGACGAGGGUGGUUUCGCUCCCAACAUCCUGGAGAACAAUGAGGCUCUGGAACUGUUGAAAUCUGCUAUUGAGAAGGCUGGCUAUCCUGAUAAGAUCAUCAUUGGUAUGGAUGUGGCUGCCUCCGAGUUCUACAAAGGUGGAAAAUACGACCUGGACUUCAAAUCUCCUGAUGACCCCAACCGUUACAUCACUGGAGAGCAGCUUGGAGACCUGUACAAGAGCUUCAUCAAGAACUACCCAGUUCAGUCUAUUGAGGAUCCCUUUGACCAGGAUGACUGGGAAAACUGGACCAAGUUCACUGGCUCAGUGGACAUCCAGGUGGUGGGAGAUGAUCUGACUGUGACCAACCCCAAACGUAUCCAGCAGGCUUGUGAGAAGAAGGCCUGCAAUUGCCUGCUGCUUAAAGUCAACCAGAUUGGCAGUGUUACAGAGUCAAUCCAGGCUUGUAAGCUGGCUCAGUCUAACGGUUGGGGUGUGAUGGUCAGCCAUCGCUCCGGUGAAACUGAGGAUACUUUCAUUGCUGACCUUGUUGUGGGACUUUGCACUGGACAGAUCAAGACUGGCGCCCCCUGCAGGUCUGAGCGUUUGGCCAAAUAUAACCAGCUGAUGAGGAUUGAAGAGGAACUUGGAGAUAAAGCCAAGUUUGCCGGAAAGGACUUCCGUCACCCCAAAAUCUGAACUGAACUUUCCAGUCCUUCAUUCCUCUUCACAACUACCCACUCUCCCCUUAACGGAAACACCUUUACAAAGACAUGUACACUCUGACCGAGACUGUGUGUUGGGGGAGGUUAAAUGUUAAUCAACAUCUACAGUCUCUGAUUAGAACUAAUUCCACUUUUUUGAAAUAAAAAAAAGAAACCUCUA